GUUACAAAUUCAUGCUUCAGAAAUUCUCUUGCUCUGUUUUCGAAUCCCCAAAUUCACCGGCACUUGAUACUCGAUACUACUUCCUAAAGAGGCGAAUAGGAUGGAUUCGUAACAGUUAACUUUCUACCUUGUGUUGUGUUGAAGAAGUCUCUUUCAUCGUAAUUUUACCCACGGAGGAUGUGUAUAUUUGAGACUUCGACGCUGCACGCUAUCGUUAAUUUCCUCUCUUUUCUUUCCGAUCGAAUUUCUCAUCGAAAAGCCUGAUGAACUGCGAAAUCUGCCAACUCAAAGAGCUCGAUGUUGAGCACUUCGAGAUACGCGAAGUUCUUAGAUGCAUUUUGCACACUAUUUUGUUCCACAGAGCUUUAGGGCUUGUGCGUCCGAAAGACAUUGAUUUGGAACUUUUCGAGAUUACAUAUGUACAAUGUGGUGAUGUAGAACUUGAGAGGAAAACAGAUGAGAAGAUUGAGCAAUUCAUAGACAGGGCGGAGAAGCACCCAAAUAAGAAAAAUCAGAUAUGUUUGUCCUUCUAUGAGGUCAAAAACAAACAGCCUACAUGGUUCACUAAUAAAGUUGAGCGCCUCUACUGGGAACAGUGGUACAUAAACUUGAAUGUAGCACAACACCAGAAAGGGCAUUCUGGAAAGUCUACCUCUUCCAAAAUAGUAGUUGAUCCUGGAGCUGAGGAAAGGACUGCUCGGCGUGCAGCAUUAGAAGCUUCGCUUCGUGAUGUUCUAUUUCAGAUAAUUAGAUUUGUGAAUGAAAAGAAGGAUCACAUUCCUCCAGUUCCAAACCUCGAAGGUGUCUCAUUCCCCUAUGAAAUUACUAUCUCAAGAUGUAACUGAAGCCACAUAUAAACCUGCCUGUUAAGUUAAGCACUGCAUUCUUAUAGUUCGUCAGAUUCUGCAUUUGGAAUGGAAAUGUUCAAGAGGAUGCUCCAAACCGGGAAUCCUACGAUGCUCAGCUGACUCGUGAGGUCCUCUAGCUGCUGUAUUUUGUCUCGAGCUCUCUCUGUUAUGUACUUGGAAUGAAUAUGCUGCGUGUGAAUAUCUUAUGCUAGAUUAUGUAAAUCGAGAUCUACUAAUUUACAGCCAAACUGAAGUUAUGUACUUGGAAUGAAUAUGCUGCCCGUGAAUAGUUUCUGCUAAAUCAAAAUUUGGUGCUCUGGAGAAGCACACGGUGAUUGUGUACAUAUCAAAUUAUGUAAACCAUCUUAACUAUUCUUUAUUGAAAAUUUUAUUCUGGCU